AUGAGCUCGACGAUUGUCGGAGCUGCAUCGCUUGCGGCAGCCGUGGCUACACUCGUCGCUCUUGUCGGUGUGGCGAUGAUCGUUCGAGAUAUCGAUGACAUGAGAUCAGAGAUCGAAAUGAGUAUGAAGGAAGUGGUAGCUGAUGAUACAUGGGAGCGUCUGAUGAUGACGCAAUUCCCUGCAGGCAGCGGACAGAAGGUGGCCACAUUCAAAACACUUUUCGGAAGGAACAAAAGACAAGCCCAGUGCCAAUGCGGCACACAACAACAAGGCUGUCCAGCAGGACCGCCUGGUCCGCCAGGACAACCUGGUGCACAAGGUCUUGACGGACUUACUGGAGAUGACGGAAGACCCGGUGCUCGUGGCAUUUCACUGGCGGCCACACAAGACAUUCCAGGUGGUUGCAUCAAGUGCCCACCCGGUCCUCCCGGACAACCCGGAGGUCCUGGUAGCCAAGGACCACCCGGACAGCCUGGUGGAAAAGGCCCGUUGGGACCUCCUGGAAAUGAUGGUGGCGCAGGAACGCCUGGUCCGAUAGGAGAUCCAGGACCAGCUGGGCUGCCAGGAUCGCCUGGACAGUCUGGAAGUCCAGGAAAAGAUGCUGAGGGACCAGAACCAGGACGUCCGGGCGGCCCUGGUCCACCUGGACCACCUGGGCCACCAGGUUCUCCAGGAAAGAAUGGAUCCCCAGGAAAUGAUGGAGCUAAUGGAAACAACGGACUGCCUGGCAGAAAUGGCAAUCCCGGUGGUCGUGGAAAUGAUGGCCAGCCAGGAUCACCUGGGUCAGACGGCGGUCCCGGACCUGACGCUGGAUACUGUCCUUGCCCACCGAGAACCGCUGAUGAUCCAGGAAGAUAUGUACAGGGUCCCAUGUCACAGGAGUACGCGAAGAAGAAAAAGAGAGUGUGA